AUGCGGAGGUCGUCACCUGCCCCCAGGUGUGCGCACACUACGGACUGCGUUUUCUCUCGCUGGCGGGAAGCGGGAGCCGUUCUUAUGAAGGCCCCUUUCCGCGAAUCUGUGCACUCCAGAGAGUUCUCUGGCGGUCUGCUUCAGGCCGCCGCUACGCGCUUAGAUACACAGCUCCUGCAAGUGGAGGGCAUGCACGAAAAUCGGCAUGACCGCUUUCCCCCCAAUCCUUCCGUCCUUGGUGGGAGCUUCUUGCAAGCAUGUCGGAAAGCGCUGAACGCGUCUACAGCAACAGCAGCAACAGCAGCAGCGUUUUGCAUGCGUUAUAUACACCCUUGCGAGGACACAUUGAGACCAGGAGCGGCAACAGCUGCAACCGCAGCAAGAGCAACCACAACAACGGUGACACCCUCAUCACACAUCAGAAACGUCACAGCCUUGACGAGAAUAGCGUGCUCAGCAACACAAGCAGACAGAGUAAGCACACAUCGCAAAGGAGCAGGAGCUGCUGCAGCGAAAAUAGCAUUCCCAGCCCCCUCAACUGCAAGUGCAGCUUCAGCAACGACAUCCUCUGCACCCGCAGCAGAAGGCUGUGCUGCGCAGACAGCACUAGAAAACACGGCAGCAGCACAAGAGACUACUGUUGAUGCAGCAACAACGUUAGCACAAGAGACUGUUGAUGCAGCAACAGAAGCUCCUCCAGUGGACAGAUUUGCACGAGAGAGUGUCACUAUUUUCGAAACCCCUAGGGCAUCAACGUCUGCGGUAGAUGAGGAUGAUGUCGCAGACGAGACGGAGUUUUCAAGGCUUUUAGCAGCUGCGCAAGGUGCAGCCGAUGCAGAAAUAGGUGUUCUAUCGCGCACAAGCGCUGCAUGUGCUACUGCAGAGCCUGACAACAACAACAGCAACAACAACAAACAGCAGCAGCAACAGCAACAACAGCCUCUCUUGUCGUCGGCAAGCCGCAUGCUGCUCAGUGUAGGUAGGCGCAUCGGCAGUGGGAGUAUUGCAGCGGCGGAAAGUGCAGCAGCAGCAGCUGCCGCUGCUGCUGCAGCUGCCCUAGUUGGCGAUACAGCUGGCUGUGCUCCAACUGCAGCAGCAGCAGCAGGUGGCUAUGUUAUACAGCUAGAACACGAACUGGCUGCCCUCAAGGAGCAGGUGAGCGUCUACAGGGAAGCUUUGCGGCAUAUGCCAAAUGCAAAGAGGCCUAGGGAACCUGCCGCCUUCAACCUGGAGGAUGCAGCAAAAUGCUUUGUUGCAGCAUUGCUCGCUAAAGGCAUCAUUCUUGGGGAUGCAGCAGCUGCCACAGUCGGUACACCCCGUCCGCAUGCAUCGAGCGCCUGUGCUGCAACAGAGGGUGUAAGUCAUGCGGCGGGGGGCAAUUCGUCUUCCCAAGACAAUGCAGCAGAAGACACAAUGGCAGUGUCGCAGCAGCAAGAACCGGAAGGUAGGCUGCUAGCCGCCGUGGUGGAGGCGCUGGCUGAGUCUCUAUCUACGCCCGUCGUUCCGCAGCAACAGCAAUUGGAGCAACAGCAAUUGCAGCAGCAAAUGGAGGCAGCUAGGCAGCAGCACGAGACUGAACGUGUUUUGUUCCUUCAAAAGCUGCAGCAACAACAGCUGGAGGCGGAAAAGCAGCGCGAUAUAAACGAGCGACAGGCGAAGCAGAUUGUACAGCUGACGGUAAUGCUGACACAGAUGAAGACAGAAGCAGAUGAGCACAAGCAGCAGCAGCAGCAGCAGCAGCAGCGAUUCCAGUCCGUUGAGCAGCAGCAAGAGGGGAUGGAUGAAGCAGCAGAAGCAGCAGCAGCAGCAGCAGCAGCAACAGCUCCCCUGCCAUCUCGGCAGCAGUUCGAAGAGCUCUGCGAUGCAGCAGCCGAGGCGUUUCGUCUUAAGUGUUCUCUCAGCGAGGUUGAGUCUCAGUUGCGUGAAAUGCAGCUGCAGCACGCGAGCCUUGCUGCAGAGCGAGAUACGGCACGGGAGUCGCUACAGCAGGAGCAGGAGAGGCGUAGGGAGGAAGCACAAAUGCAGCAUCGAUUGCAGCAGGAGCAGCAGCAAGAAGCGGAGACUCUGCGGCAGCAGUUGAAGGAGGUGCAGCAAGAAGCGGCUAGGGAACGGGAGGCGUUGCAAGAGCAGCUGCACAGACAGCAGGAAGAAGCCGAACGGCUGUUGCAGCUGCAGCAGCAACUGCAGCAGCAGCACCUUGCUGCUCUCCAGUUUGUCGUGUCAUCGCAACAGGCUCUGCUGCAGCAGCAGCUGCACAGGCAGCAACAGAAACUCCGUGAUCUUCGGGAGCUGUGUGCCAAAGAAAAGAAGCACCGCGAAGAGGCUGAGGAACAAAGUCGCAGGCUGCUUGCUGCUGCCCUCGAUCAGCAAGUGUUGCGUCUGCACGAGGAUGGCUGCCUACACUCGGCGCCUUCGCCUCACUCGCCUUCCACCGGCAGCGGAUAUGCAGCAUCCUUCCACAGACAGAAUUCCAACGGCUCUCCAGCAGUUUCGAGCGGCGCUGCCCGCUGCUGCUCCCCUGAGUGUGAAGAUAUUGGGGGCUUUCAGCUGCAGAUCCGUGGAAGACAGUGCGAGGAGCUGUCGCUAGUAGAGCAAGGGGUAGAGCUAGAGCAAGAGCUAGAGCAGGUUGAUUCCGAGGAAGAGAAGCCUCAGUUGCUAGAGCGGCUGCGGCGGUUGCAGCACACCAACAGAAGUCUCUCUGCCGCACUUCGCGAAUCGGUUGCUACAGAAGCCUCCCUCAGGAGAGAAUUGCAGCAAAAAACUCGAGCUCUCAGUGCCUUGUUGGAUAGGCCACCGCAUCACGCCAACAAGAAUACACUGGAGAGCACAGAGACUUGUUGCCUUGAGCCUGCGGAAGAUUCGCCUUUUCUCCAUUUCUGGAUCUGCGGAGGUCUGGUUCGUUGUUUGUACGGGGAAAAAGCGCCAAGUGCCUGGGGUGGUGAUGAGAAACGCUUCUGUGGGGAAAACGGCGUGGAGAUUCCCAAAAUGGCGGUUUCAGACGCUGCAGCCGUUGCCGCCUUCCCACCCAAGCAGCAACAGCAACAGGAGCAGCAGCAGUCGUUGUUCACCUUUGGCGCGGAUCUCGCUCCGUUGUUGCAGGAGGCUGCAGAAGCCCUUCGUGGGCGCUCGGUGGUGUCUGUAAGCCUCAUCAGCACUGCGGAAAUCGCCGCUAUUCUCCUGGCUGCUCAGAAGCUGAAGCGCCGGUUCGAGCGGGGAGACACCACCCUUCACCAUGUGCUGCAGGGAAAAGUUGUUGCAACGGCCUUCUUCGAACCGAGCACCCGCACGCGCUGCUCGUUUGAGGCUGCAGCUCUCAGGCUUGGCGCUGGCGUGAUCAGCAAUGCCGAUUUGAAGGCGGCGAGCUCCGUGAAGAAGGGGGAGUCUCUGAGCGACACACUGCGCAUGUUUGCAUCUUAUUCAGACGCAGUAAUCAUGCGGCAUCCGGAUAAGGGCAGCUGCGCUUCUAUUUCCUCCCCCGAAUUUGGAUUUUGUUCUCCUGUUGGGGGCUGCAACGGAGGCGGCGCAAGCGGCAGCGAGAGGAAGUGCGUUUUGCUCUCCGGUGGAGAUGGCUGUGGAGAGCAUCCAACCCAGGCCUUGCUGGAUUUGUUUACUGUUGCAGAGCAGCAGAGUCAAUGGUUUAGCGCUGCAGUCACUGCCGUCCUCACAGGCUGCCAGGAGCACGCGUCGGUGAAAAAACCGCCUCAGCUGUCGCUUGUCUUCUGGGGAGAUCUGAAAUACGGCAGGACUGUACACUCCUUGGCUUUGCUGCUGGCGCGUCUCUCUGUGCGCCUCUUUUUUGUUCCUGCGCAUGGCCUUCACCCCGACGAGGCCUUCCUGCUGGAAGUCAAGCAUAUUUUCAAGCAGCAGGGUCUUGAUCCAAAUGCGUACUGCUGCCUUUCGGAUUCUCUGUCUUCCGCUUUGCCGCUUUGCGACUUCCUGUACGUUACCCGCGUACAGCUGGAGAGGAUGCCAACUCCCGAGGCACCCCCCUUGGCGGCUCAAGGGGGCACGGAACGCAGCGGAAAUGCAGAACUCACCAUCACAAAGGCGUUUCUAGAGACCUAUGGGAAGCCGGAUCUCAAGGUGCUGCAUCCGCUGCCGCGUGUGUCUGAGCUCUCUGUGUGCGUGGAUGCCUCACCGUUCUGCUGCUACUUUCAACAGGCAGCCAACGGUCUUUUUGUGCGGAUGGCGCUGCUGACGCUUUGCCUCUUGGGAGGCGUCAGAGAGGGGAGGGAGGGAGGAGCUUAA